AUGGGUGUUCUAGCUAAUCCCAGCGCAGCCUUACCGGAUCACUAUUCGCUGCUUCAACUAUGCGAAGAAUUGGCCGACGACGAAACUGAAAAUGAAGAAGUGAGUUGAUAUUGGCGACAUAUGUAUUAAAGUCCGAUCUAACAUCUUAUAGGAUAAGCUUGAGUCUCUUCUCAUACUGGACAGCUGCCUGAGAAAUCAUGACCGAUUGUCGAGAGAAAACGACGAUGAAACGGCCAUCAAGCAGUUAGCUCUAUGGGCAGCAAAAGCCAUACUACCUCAAGGCGACAUAAUCUCUCAGAAUGAGUCGCUGGAAGGCUAGUGUAUAACCUCAUCUCGUAUCUUUCGCCCGCUAAUUCAUUUCACAGAAGACUCAUCCUCAUCGCAAAAAGAGGCUCUCACUCUCAUCCGUCAAAAAGCUCAACUAGGUCUCAACUCCCUCAACAUACUAAUAACCCAACUCCCAUCUUCGCCUCCAAAAGAACUUCCAGAACCUAUCCUGCUCACUCUCAUCUCAUAUUCCUCACACUCACAGUACACAUCAUGGACCUCACCCCCUACAGCAGAAAUAAGCACCUCCCUACUCGCUCAGUACAAACACCAAACCCACACCCCAGCAUUCCAAAUAACCUACAUCCUCCAGACCAUCCUCCGUCCCCUCUUCAGCGCCUCAAAACCAGAGACUCUGACUUCCACCGGCCGAAAAGCCAUCACAUCCUCUGCUCCCGCCCGAGAAACCGGAACAGAAGAACUACAAAAAUCUCGGAAACCUUGGAAGUAUGAUGGUGUAUACGCAAUAUGCGUAUUCCGAUGGGUAGUAGAAAACACUCCAGUCCGUCUUCCCUCUCCCAAAUUAAAGAAACAGAACAUACACUAACCCCUCCCCCAGCGCGAAACAAUCCCCCAAACAUGGCACAACUUCACACCACCCCUCCUAACCCUCCUCGACGACCCAAGUACCCCCAUCCGAGUUCAAGGAGCCGAGAUCCUUUCCCUUUUCCUGCCAAACAUGAGUUCCACCCUCCUCACUCACUCAGGCCUAGGAGAGCUAUUCGAAGACGCACUCAUGCCCACACUGCUCUACCUCCCGAAUCUCACGCCCGUAGCAGAAUCCAUGCAACUCCUUCCCAGUGCUUACAAAGCACUAAUAGUCCUAUGUUCCACCCGUUUUCCCCAGAACUCUCCCGUGGGAUCAAAAGUGGCCGCGGAUAUCGUCUCUCUAACGUCCCCAAAAUCAGGGACAGACAAAGACCUCCAAACCACGCUAAAGAACGAACGAACCAAGUUCCUAGAUAGAAUAAUGCGAAGAGGCAUAUUCACAGGCUACACCCACGCCAUGGAACACCCUCCCAUCGUCUCAAUCCUGAUCUACUACCACCGCCUCCUGGCCGAGAAAAUGGGUAUAGAAAGCGUCAAGCAUCUCAAGGUACCAUUUUUCCCUACCCCGUACCCCGUAUCCCCAAGUCUUCCCCUAACUAACACCAACAGGACACCCUCCCCCUCCUCGCCACCCGCCUAACAUCCCCCUUCUCCACCCCCUCCCUCCUACACACCACCCUCCUCACCCUCCAAUCCACACUCCUAAACACCUGGCCGCGCCUCCUCACCCAAAAAGCCUACCGACUAGAAGUAAUAAAGAUGCUGAGUCUGUGUUGGAAGAACGUUUCCGAGACGAUGAUCGCAGGAGAGGAACUGGGGGAAGGUAUGGUGGAGGUAGAGCAGGUGUUGAAGGAAAUUAAAAUCACGGGGAGGAUUUUUAUGGCGGCCGCGAAGGGGGCGAGGGUCGAUUUGUCGGGGGAGGUGGGGGUGUUGGUUGAGAGUGUUCCGGGGAUGGGGGAGGUGUUUAGUUUGCACGGGUGA